ACUGCACCCUUUUUUAUGGGAACGAGUUUGGUGCGUUGUUACAUGACGUCAUCGAUCAUUCAGCGCAAGGAUUGUAUUCAACAGAAUGAGAUGCUGAUUACGCUGUAUAGCCUAGUCAAUAAUAGUAGAAUAAAUGUAUGGACGUUGGCUAUAGCUGAAUGGUAGGCUAUCAACACAGCAAGGUAACCUGACAAAAUGGAGAGGGGAAAUUACGGAGGCUACUCCCGGGAGUAUUUUGACCGCUUUAUUGAAAGCCAAGACUCGUCUGUUGUGAACAAGUUCCAGCAAAAGUACUGGAAAACCAAACAGAAGAUCAUCAAGGUCACGGGAAAGAAAGAGGACGAACAUGUCGUGGCAUCAGACGCAGACCUGGAUGGAAAACUGGAGGUGUUUCACUCUGUCCAGAGAACGUGCAUGGAGCUAUUGAAGGUGAUCGAGCAGUACCAGAGAAGAAUCUGCUUUCUAUCCCAGGAGGAGAAUGAGUUGGGACGGUUCCUGCGCUCACAGGGCUCCCAGGACCGGACCAGGGCUGGAAAGAUCAUGCAGGCUACCGGGAAGGCUCUCUGCUUCUCCUCCCAGCAGAGGCUGUCUCUGCGUAGUCCUUUGUCUCGCCUCUACCAGGAGGUGGAGACUUUCCGAUACCGGGCCAUCUCUGACACCUGGCUGACGGUGAACCGCAUGGAACAGUCCAGGACGGAAUACCGUGGAGCACUGCUCUGGAUGAAGGAUGUAUCCCAGGAGCUCGAUCCAGACACACACAAACAGAUGGAGAAAUUCCGCAAGGUUCAAGUGCAGGUGCGAACCACUAAAACAAGCUUUGACAAACUGAAGAAUGAUGUCUGCCAGAAAGUCGAUUUAUUAGGAGCCAGCCGCUGCAAUCUGCUUUCUCAUGUUUUAACCACAUACCAGACCACCCUGUUGCACUUCUGGGAGAAGACGUCUCACACUAUGGCUGCCAUUCAUGAGAGCUUUAAGGGCUGCCAGCAAUAUGAGUUCUCUACAAUCAAGAGCCUCCAAGACCCCAUGGAUAAACUGUCAUCUCAGGGAUCGAAGAAGAGGGAGAAGAAAGUCCAAACAAAGACUGAUCUUGAGGAGACUGCAGAUGGCCAACUUAUCUCAAUAGAUCCCAAUGAAGAGUCCAAUGAAGAAGCUCAAACCAAGACACCUUCUGGACAAUUCUUUGAAGAAAUUGACCUUAAUAGACAAAUGACAGGGCCUGAGGAUCUUCUCUCAGCCUUCUCUCGUCAGGAGCAGGAGGAGGGUGGAGAGAGGGACAGCAUGGCCUUGUUGAAUGAGAUUCUGGGCAGCACGUCUCUGGAUGAGGGCGAGUUCUCACAGGAGUGGCAGGAGGUGUUUGGUAAGGGGGACCAGGGGAGCGGAGCCACGAGUAGAGGGGGCCUAGUGGAACCCCAGCAGGAGGAAGACUCCAUCUUCCUCCCAUCUCACCUCCUGGACCAGAACAGGAACAAUCUCCAAUCUUCGCUCUCAGAUUGGGCCACGAGCAUUCCACAGCCCAUCUCCCAGGCAACAGAGCAAUCAUCUGGAGCCAAUCAGAACCCCUCUAGGCCAACAGCAGCGAGAGAGACGCCAGAGACCGCCAAAGACCUUUCAGCCUGGUUUAACCUGUUCGCCGACUUGGACCCUCUGUCAAACCCAGACGCAGUAGGCAGGAGUGGUCAGGAGCAUGAGCUUCACAACGCAUAGAUCUGCGACCUGAUUCACGUCUAGGGAUCCUACGCUAUAAGUUAGCAUAAUGCACAACAAGGUUAUGGUUAUUUUGUUAACAUCUGUUCUAGGGUCAUCUCUCUCAACCAGUCCUACUCCUUACCAUUGAGUUAAACAACAAAUUGACCCUGGACCAGCUGUUAAGGAUGCAUUUACUGUAUCAAUCAAUUGAGCUUGAAAUCAUGAAUUCCAAAAGAAAACAAAUGUUGUCUUUUUAUGUUUGACAUGAUUUAUCAAUGUUUAUACGUUACAUUGUCAGAGGGUAGAUGCUUUCAACAACCAAAAUAUGUACGAAGGAUUCAAGAUGAGCUUUUUCAGAAUUAUUGCCUUGUCAUUCGGGUAUACCUGUAAGCCUUCUGGUGGUGACAAUGAGGCCUUUGCACCCAUCUCAACAAUAGAAAAAUCAGUAUACAGUAUGAAAGGGUAAAAUAAGUAUCCGUUUUAUCUGAUAGAUCAUACAUUUAUUGCAUGUUUUGUGUAUUCCUUAUUUAGUCGUGUGUGAUUGUACUCACAAUAUGUUACUGUUGACAAUAACAUAUCUAACAUUUGAUUUAUUUGAGAUGCCUUGGAAUAAAUUUAAGGCGCGUUAGAGCAGACGCACUAGACAGCCGACAAUGUACCUUUAAGACAUUUUCGGAAAUCCUAUUCACGGUUACCACUGCACAUGUCGGCUCAAGCGUAAAUGACCUUAGUCUGUUCUAUAGCACGCCUCAGUUUGAAUCCCAGCCUAGGUGUACAUUUAUUAACUAGCUGCACCUUUUCAAGUACACAAUCUGUAUUAUAUUGCUUGGAGAGCAACCUGUGGAAGGGCGAGAAUACAUACAGUGGGGCAAAGAAGUAUUUAGUCAGCCACCAAUUGUGCAAGUUCUCCCACUUAAAUAUGAGAGGCCUGUAAUUUAUCAUAGAUACACUUCAACUAUGACAGACAAAAUUAGGGAAAAAAUUCCAGAAAAUCACAUUGUAGGAUUUUUUUAUGAAUUUAUUUGCAAAUUAUGGCGGAAAAUAAGUAUUUGGUCAAUAACAAGUUUCUCAAACGUUUUCUGUAAGUCUUCACAAGGUUUUCACACACUGUUGCUGGUAUUUUGGCCCAUUCCUCCAUGCAGAUCUCCUCUAGAGCAGUGAUGUUUUGGGGCUGUUGCUGGGCAACACAGACAUUCAACUCCCUCCAAAGAUUUUCAAUGGGGUUGAGAUCUGGAGACUGGCUAGGCCACUUCAGGACCUUGAAAUGAUUCUUACGAAGCCACUCCGUUGCCCGGGCGGUGUGUUUGGGAUCAUUGUCAUGCUGAAAGACCCAGCCACGUUUCAUCUUCAAUGCCCUUGCUGAUGGAAGGAGGUUUUCACUCAAUCUCACGAUACAUGGCCCCAUUCAUUCUUUCCUUUACACGGAUCAGUCGUCCUGGUCCCUUUGCAGAAAAACAGCCCCUUACCUAUUGCAGAUUGUCUUCCCAGCCUGGUACAGGUCUACAAUUUUGUUUCUGGUGUCCUUUGACAGCUCUUUGGUCUUGGCCAUAGUGGAGUUUGGAGUGUGACUGUUUGAGGUUGUGGACAGGUGUCUUUUAUACUGAUAAAUUCAAACAGGUGCCAUUAAUACAGGUAACAAGUGGAGGACAGAGGAGCCUCUUAAAGAAGUUACAGGUCUGUGAGAGCCAGAUAUCUUGCUUGUUUGUAGGUGACCAAAUACUUAUUUUCCACCAUAAUUUGCAAAUAAAUUCAUUAAAAAAUCCUACAAUGUGAUUUCUUUCUCAUUUUGUCUGUCAUAGAUGAAGUGUACCUAUGAUGAAAAUUACAGGCCUCAUCUUAAGUGGGAGAACUUGCACAAUUGGUGGCUGACUAAAUACUUUUUUGCCCCACUAUGUUGUAACUGGUUUUAAGUGUGUAAACAAUGAUUAGAGAAUAUUUACAUUUUAUUAAUUGUUGAGUGCUGAAGCGUCCAUUUUGAUUUUGUCAGUAAAAAUGUUGCUAAAUGAGACUAACUUAUUAGAAUUAAAGUAUUGCCCUUAUCUACAUUAAAGCCUUGUUUAUUCCUGUUA